ACAACGUGCUGCUACUCGGAUUUUAAGCAUUUUAAAUAUAGGACAAAAUGAGCGGCAAUUCGAAAAAGGAGCUAAUCCUUUGUGACUAUUGUCAGAUCGAGAAGGAUGCAAAUCAGAUUUACACGGCCAGAAAACAAUUUGCUGGCUGCAAAAUCGUUGACAUUCUACAAAGUGUCACCCAUUUGACCAUACCAGUCGCAACACCUGUUAAGUUAUGCAGUCUAUGUGCUUCCACUUUGCAUGCCACAACCGGCGCUAUCGCAAAAGCCGUUGAAAUGGUUUCCAAAUUGUUGCCAGUUGCCAAGAAGCAGAAACAGCAGCAGAUUGAGACUGUUCUAGUCCCUGAUGAUGAGGGCGAUACAGAGCCGACAAGACGUUUGUCAAUCGUUGACAGUCCCAAAGUAUCAGCUAAACAGCCAACAUCGGCGACACCCAGCAAAAAAGAUAAGAAAAUCAUUAAAAACAUUAAUGACACGCCCACAAACGUACAGCAGAGUCCAAAGACUCUGCCGGCUAAGGCAAAGUUGCCACAGACAAGCACACCAAUAACAGCAGUGCCAUCUACUCCUAAGAAACAACAAGACGACCUCGAGAAGAGUCUGCAGAAUUCAAUUAAGAUAACAACGGCCAAGGAUGUGCCCAAAAAGAACAAGGAAUUCAAUCAGCUGUUCGGUAAAAGCGACGAUACUGUCACCGACUCUGAGGAAGAGGAUGGAGAAGAGGAAGAAGGUACCAUCGAAAAGGUAGAUUUUAAGAACAUCUCUAUUGGCUUCGAGUGCAAACUGUGCGACUUCACUUCCCCCAAUCCUAUCCCAAUGAAACGACAUUUAAAGGAAUUGCAUGGCCAAAAGCGUCCCCGCAUUUACAACUGCUUGAAAUGUGCCAAAAGUUUUGGUGUAGUGAAAUCCCUAAAGGCGCAUUUGUUGACACAUGGGAUUACCGAGGAGAAAGAUGAGAAACAAAUUGCUCCCGAUCCACAGCUGGCAGUCUUAACUGCCCUAAAGCCAAAGCAAAAGCCGCUAGAAGCUGUCGCAAAUGAUGAAUAUACUUUCGCCGUCACAGACACCAACUCGUCGACACCAAAACCCGCAGGGCAGCCGAUUCAGCCAGAGAUACAGUCCAGCAAAUAUCAGUGCGAAUUAUGCCAACUUGAACUGGAUGAAGUCAAGUCGUUGCAGGAACAUUUAAAGACUGUCCACAACGUCGACCGUCCCAAGGUAUUCAAAUGCGAAGUGUGCGACAGUUACUUUAUGUACAAGAAAACAUUGAAUCACCACAUUAAAGUCAAACAUAUCACCGGUAAUGGGGAAGGGGCUAUCAAAAAAGAAACGCCAGCUAAAAUUAAGAUUCGACGCAAAACUGUAUCAGUCGAACGUAGCCCAGCUAAAACUAUGAAAACCGGCUACCCACAAUUGCCAGUAAAAAUUGCAGCCAGGCGCAAGACUGUAGCAGCGGAGUUGAUUGAAAGGAAUGAGUCAGCUGUCCAGACAAUGUUGAACUCGCCAGCUAAAAAUCCGGAAAAAGAAGCAGAAAAAUCCGACUACCUUAUUGAUAAAACCAUCGUUGAAGUCCUUGACGAACUUAUCGAGGAUCUACCAAUGCCAAAAGAGAGCAAAUCAAACGAGGAUAGUGCAAUUGUCGCAGACAAGUCAAAGAAGACUAAGAAACCAACACAAAUGCUCAAGCAAACCUUUGAGUCGCUGUUGGAGUCGCCUAUCAAAAAGAAACCCAGAACUGAGUCCACUCAAUCGGAUAUCAUGAAUAAAUCAAAAUCAAAGGGCGAGCAAAUACCAGCCACGCCCACCCAGGAAAACAGCGUGGACUCGACACAGAUCACCAAAAAGAGUAGGGCCAUAAAAGAUAUUGAUUCGCUAGAUUCAUCACAAGCUAUAGAGAACGGCAUGCAAACUAAGAAAUUCAAAUCCCAAAAAGAAGUAGAAGAUAUAAACUUAUCAGAAAGCAUGAAUGGAUCACCAAAGAAAUCGAGCAAGCGUAAGCAGCGAGAAGAGGAAUCAUCACAGGCGGAUACGGCCGACGAGUCUCAAGUGUCCCUCACUGCAGAGCUGAAGUCGCUGAAUAAUUCUAAGGCGGACAAAUUGAAGGCGGGAGAUGUCAUUGAUCUGCUCGAUGAGAUCAAUCCCAAUGUCAAGCCGCACAAGCGCAUUAAACUCGACUCUCUGGAAUCGGAGCUGAGCUGCAACGUCUGCAGCAAGGUCGUUGGCUCCCGCAAGCGUCUCGAUUCGCAUAUGCGUAAGAAGCAUAUUGUACAACUGACCUGUCCCAAUUGCAAGGUGGCCUACGCCGACAACUUGGAGUAUGUCAAACAUUUCUCCUUCUGCAAUGCAGUCGAUGGUCUGCCGUGCGGCUUCAAGAACUGUGAAAAGGUUUUCGCUGCGGCAAAUUUCUUGAGCUCCCACUUGAAUAAGAAACACAAGGGCUCCAAUUAAUUAAGAUCUUAUCACAUCAAUUCAGCUGGCCUUAGAGAUGCCCCAAUGACUGAAUAUUUUAUUUUGUAAUUUCUUUUUAAGGAAAAUGAAACCAUUUGUAACGAGUACAAAACCUUAAAUGACCCAACACAACUGUCAACUAAAUGGAAACAUUUAAUUAAGGAAAUAUAUUUUUAGUUUUUUUUUUUUAGAUAUAUAUUGUUCCGACUUUCAUGUAACAAUAAGCGCAAAUGUAGUUUACAAGAAGGAAAACCAACUAUAAUUUGAGAGCAGUUUGUAUAGCAGAGCGUUCCAUAUAUGUACAUAUAUAUUAAAUGUAUAUAUUUUUUGUUCUCUACAUGCGUUGCUAUGUGUUUUAAUGAGUAGCCUUAAGACAAACCCCCAACAAAAAUGAUUUACGCAGAUCCCGCGCGUAAC